CAGAAAAAUUUAACAGCUUUUACUUAUGAUAACAUGUUUGUGACAAUAACUGAGAAUUAAAUUAACGUUACAUAUGGCGCCGCAAUGGCAGUUAUUUUUCUUUUCCGCUGAUAUGCAUUCGAGCUCUCGCUAAGCUGUCCCCUGAAAACGCAGUCCUACAGCUAUUUUCCAAAUUCAGUCCAAAAGUAAUUACACGUUAAAAAUGGGAACCGAUGAUCCUAUUAGUGCACUGAUCUCCAAUAAACCGUCUAACGAGGCAAGGAAAGAACUGUCCGAAAUGACGAAAUCGCUGAAAACGACGCUUACACGUGCUUUCGAAAUGCAUGUGAACAUCGUUAAAGGGUACGACCUUCUGGGACAGAACAGACUGCCGCUUCUUUCGGUUCAACCGGGAUCGCAAGAGGAAUUGGAACCGGUUUGUUCAGAAGAAAGUCUGUUGUCCGCGAAGGGCGAAGCAUCUGCGAGUUCCUGCAUCAAACUUCUGCAGAAAAGAGUGGACAAGCAGGAAGAACAGAUAUCGCAGCUGCGAGAUGAGUUGGCACAAUUACGCCAUCGUAUAAGUCAAAAGGACAAUGACAAAAAUCUUAACGAAGAUGACAAAGCUCAAGAAUGUGCACUCGCUAUCCCUUCCCUGCCUCCGACCGAAAAGUCUGAGCGAUAUAGGUCCACCAGCACAAUCUCCAGCGAGAAGCAUUAUCACUCUUCAUCUGCAUCUUCAACCUCGGUGCGAAGUGCGCGUACGAGCCGACUAAGGAACAACUCAAAACCUUCACAUCAUUCGGCCAGGGACGGCAGCACAGGAAAGACGGAAACAGCUGUUCUCAGAGAUGACCCUCGUCAUCAGGAAAGCGACAAAUUCAGAUUGAUGAAGCUGAUAACCAACAAGAUAGCCAGUAGUUAUUUGAAGCGCGCAGUUACCCGCUCUGAAAGCGAAUCCUCAGUGGAUAGUGAGAGAACGCGAAAUGGUCGCAGUAAGCGACAUAAAUCUGGAUAUAACAGCCGGUCAAUAUCGCGACAACGGCGGCGGUCUUAUUCGCCACGCAAGAAACGACAACACCGGAGCAACUCAUACCGCUCUACAUAAUCUACAGUACUUGUUGUGCAGCCACAAGCAGUCCUCGGUAUCAGACACUGUAGUCCGCGAUAAAUACAUUGAGACGCAAUGCUCGGGUACUAACAGCGCAGCCGAAUUGAUGUUUGAAAUAUUCUACAGACGAGACUUAAUUUACCAUUGUGAUUUGUGAGUAAAAUUUAGUAAAGCCAAACUCCGUGUACUGCUUGCACGAAACUCAAAAACUGAAAGCUGAAUGAUAGUCGUUCAACAUU